CUCACUUCACGCACAUCAAGAAACCAAAUAUGUCUUCUUCUCACUCCCUCCUCUUCCUCUCUCUCCUCACUCUCUCUCUCUACACCACCACCUCCGCCACCACCACCACCACUCUUGAUGUCGCCGCCGCCGUACAGACCACCCUAGACCUCCUCAACCCAACAUCAUUCCAACAACAAGCCGACAAAAUCCUUCCACAAAACACAUCUUCCUUAAAAUUCACCAUCCACCCCAGAUCCUCCGUUCACGUUAGCCACAACCACCAUGAUUACGGAUCGCUAACUCUCGCCCGACUCGCCCGUGACUCAGUCCGAGUCAACUCAAUUGUAACCAAACUUGAUCUCGCUAUCUCUGGUACCAACAAGUCCGAGAUGAAACCGGAUAAGUCCAUGAUGUUAAAACCCGAGGAUUUAUCGACUCCGAUUACUUCGGGUAUAUCUCAGGGAAGCGGAGAGUAUUUUGCGCGAGUCGGGUUGGGUACACCGCCGCAAUUGUAUUAUAUGGUGAUCGACACUGGAAGUGAUGUCAAUUGGCUUCAGUGUCAGCCGUGUAACGAUUGUUACCAACAAACCGAUCCGAUUUUUCGACCUUCGGCGUCUAGUUCGUACAAUGAGCUGACCUGUAGUGCGCAGCAGUGUGCGGCUCUCGACAUCACUGCCUGCCGAAUGAACCACUGCCUCUACCAGGUUUCGUACGGUGAUGGAUCAUUUACUGUCGGCAAACUGGUAACGGAAACGGUGACGUUUGGGAGAUCGGGUUCCGUACCGAAGGUAGCGUUGGGAUGCGGUAACGACAACGAAGGGUUAUUCGUCGGAGCCGCGGGGCUUCUCGCGCUGGGAGGCGGUACGUUGUCCUUACCCUCCCAGAUCAAAGCGACGUCGUUUUCGUAUUGUCUGGUUAACCGCGAUUCGAAAACGGCGUCGACUCUGGAUUUUAACUCCGCGGCUCCACCAAACUCGGUAACCGCGCCACUACUACGAAACCCGCGAAUCAAAACGUAUUUAUACGUGGGUUUGACCGGGAUAUCCGUCGGCGGACGUCCGUUGUCCAUCCCGCCGUCUAUAUUCGCGGUCGACGAUAGUGGGCGGGGUGGCGCGAUCGUGGACUCGGGCACCGCGGUGACUCGGUUGCAGACUCAGGCGUAUAACGCACUCCGCGACGCGUUCACAAAGCAGGCAAGAAGCUUAAAACCGACAACAGGGUUCUCGCUUUUCGACACGUGCUUCGACUUGUCGUCGUUAAGGCGGGUGGCGGUGCCGACGGUGGCGUUUAACUUCGCCGGAGGUAAAACGUUGUCGUUGAAGCCGGAGAAUUACCUGAUUCCGGUGGACUCACGUGGGAAGUUUUGUUUGGCGUUUGCACCUACGGAUUCGCCACUGUCGAUCAUCGGUAACGUCCAGCACCAAGGGACACGUGUCGGUUACGAUCUGAGAAAAUUGAUCGUUAGUUUUACUCCCCACAAUUGUUAAACUAAACGUUAAAAAGGAAAAGGUGGAAAAGGUGGAAAAGGUUCAAGUAUGGUAUGUGUAACUUUUAUGUUGUUGCACUAAUAUAGAUUAAAAAACGUUAUUAUCGCCGUUCCAAAAAAAAAACGUUAUUAUUGGAUAUUGGUGUUUUUAAUAUCUUUGAAACAUAGGAUUUUAAAGAUAUUGUGAAAAAAAAUUGUGUUAUUUUAUGUGAAGUUAAUCCAAAAUGAUCAAGAAAGUGUGAUAUGACAUACAUGUGACAUAAUAGUCUAAAUUUAGAUGGAGAACGCAACAAAAAUUUAACAAACACAUGUGACAUGUAUGCGAGAAAAAGAUCUUGUUACAUAAUAAAAACAAGAGUAAAUUUUUGUUUUCGUCCCUGAGUUUUGUCAAUUUGAACUAGUUUACUUUAAAAAUCUAAUUUAUAACAAAUCCAGCCCUGAAGUUUGCAUUUCUUAACGCUUUUCAUCCUUAAGGGUGUUUUUUCAUUUAGUUCUUAGGGAUGAAAAACGUUAAGAAAUGCAAACCUUAGGGAUGAAAAGCGUUAAGAAGUGGAAACUUCAGGGCUAGAUUUAUUAUAAAUUAGAUAUCUGAACUAAACCUCAGGACGAAAACAGAAAUUUACUCUAAAAACAGAGAAAAAGAACUUGUUACAGAAUCAAACUAUGUACAAGUGUUUUAUAUUUAAAUUUGUAAAUAUAUAAAAGAAAAUCAUAAAAUAAUUGUUUCACGGAUAUAUAACUAAAAUCACUAAAAUUUUAAAGAAACUGUAACUCUAUAGAUAUAAACAUGUGAACAAAUUUUACGUAUGUAGUUUACUUUUCUAUCCCGUUGUAUCACAUAUAAAAGCACAGAAUUUGACAAUUUUUAUUAAUUUAUUUUAGAUUUAUACUUUUCUCA